AUGGAAAAUGGAGAUUCGAUACAGAUUUCUUUACUUUCUGCUCCUACCUUAUAUGAACAUAAAUCAACUUCACAGAAUCAUUGGGAUGUUAUUUCAGAAUGGAGUAGAUUAUCAGAGGGUAGAGAUGGAACUCGGGAUUCUCAACAGGAAAAUAUCGGAGAAGUUGAAAACGAUCAUGACCACCUUAUCUCGAAAGGGGGGAAAUAUUUACAAGUACAAGAUGAUGUUCGAGAAACAGGACGAAAAACAGAACUAAAAUUCCCACAAUUCAGAAGAGGUAUACGCAAUAUAAUGUUUCAAAGGAGGAAAAUUGUCACUUGUAUUAUUAUUUUCAGCCUGGUGCUCCUCUCUCUUAUUCCAAGUUCCGCCGUCGAUCUCCUAGAAUACGGUCAAUAUCUUUUCGAGGACUUGCUUAUACUUUUAAUUUUCUUAAUCGAUGGAUUGUGA